AGUGCUUAAAAAAUACCGAUAACGAAUGUAACAUACUUGGUAUAUUUUAAAUCACAGUUUGUGCACAAGUGCUAUCGGCACAAGUGCUGCCCAUAUCUUUUGAUUCAAAACAACAUGCUUGAUGAAUUGAACUAAUCAAAUGAACAAGUCAACUUGACAAUGAUAUAUAUAUUAGAUAUAUAUAGAUCGGCAGAAUUGUUUGUUUCUUCUCUAUAAAAGCCAGUGAUCAAGAAGCCUUCAUUCAGUUCAUAUAGAUAGUUGUGCGCAUAAGACAAAGAAUAUUCACUAGCAAAAUGUUGACGAUCGCAAUUUUAUUGGGUGUCAUCACUCUGUUGUACAUUUGGCUGAAAUGGAAUUAUUCGUUUUGGAAACGGAAUAAAGUGCCAGGUCCAGAGCCGAAACCAUUUGUUGGGAAUAUUGGAUCGAUGUUCACUUUUUCGGAGCAUUGGGGUUUGGUGAUUACGGGUUUGUAUAACAAAUUUUCCAAUCAACCAUACAUCGGCUAUUACAAAUUAUUGAAGCCAGCGAUUGUAGCGCGUGAUCCCGAUUUGGUUAAAGAUAUUAUGAUUACAAAAUUCAAUAGUUUUCGUAGCAAUGAUUUUAAUGUCAGUAAAAAGCACGAUGAAUUAACUGCCCUGAAUCCUUUUUUUACUCGUGAUGAGGAAUGGAAAGAAGGACGAAAAUUGAUUACACCAGUUUUCUCAUCCAGCAAAUUGAAAAAUUUGAUGCCGGUGAUGAAUGGAGUUGGUACUGAAUUUGUUGAAUUCAUAAAAUCAUAUCAAUCCAAUGAAGACAUCGUUGCAAAAGAUCUUGCAAUGCGAUUUGCUGUACAAAACUUGGUGAAAUGUGCAUUCAGUAUUGAUCCAUUAUGUUUCAAUAAAGAGACUGAAUCCGAAUUUAUGUCAAACGUAAAGGAGUUAUUUGAGCCAUCAUUUUGGGCAGGAUUGAAAUUUUUAGUAUGGCCCAUUGUGCCGAAAUGGGCGGUUGAUUUCAUUCCCAUUCCUUUCGCAUCCGCAACGGUGGAUCAUUUUAUUCGAAAUUUAGUUGCAUCAAAUAAAGCUUCUCGAUCGGACGACGUUCAAAGACAUGACUUUUUCCAAUUGUAUCUUCAAUUCCAAAAGAAAUACGGUUUCGACGACACUACAUUAUCGGGCCAUUCAUUAAAUUUGUUCGCCGAAGGUACAGAAACUUCAAAUACUGCUUUGUCAUUUGCAUUGUAUGAGCUAGCGAUCACUCCGAAUUGCCAAGACAAACUUUUCAAAGAGAUAUCGGAUACGCUGAAGAAGCAUAAUGGCCAAUUGACAU